CCGCUCGGGUCGGCUGGGCGUCCUGCCGGCCAAUGGGGAAGGGGCCCCUCCGGACACGGGCAGCGUCCUUAGGAGCGGCCAAUGGGAGCGCGGCAUGCAAAUGAGCAGGUGCGGCGACGGCUGACCAGUCAAGGCGGCAGCGGCUCAGGGGAUGUUAGAGGCGCGCUGGGCGGCCGCGGAGCAUACGCGCAGGCUUCGAGCUGCGAGCUCCGGUCUCCCGCCAUGGCCCCCGCUCCGCCCCCCGCCGCCUCCUUCUCCCCCGCCGAGGUCCAGCGGCGCCUGGCGGCCGGCGCCUGCUGGGUCCGCUGCGGGGCCCGCCUCUACGACCUCACCGGCUUCGUGCGGCACCACCCAGGGGGCGAGCAGCUGCUGCGGGCACGGGCUGGUCAGGAUGUUAGCGCCGACCUGGACGGGCCACCGCACCGGCACUCGGACAACGCGCGCCGCUGGCUCGAGCAGUACUACGUGGGGGACCUGCAAGGAGACCCUCAGGGUUCCGUGGAGAAUGGGGCUGUGACCUCUGCAAGCACUCAGAAGACAGACCCUGCGAUGGAGCCAAAGCUCAAAGCAGUGGACUGGGACAAGGACCUGGUAGACUGGCGGAAGCCCCUACUGUGGCAGGUAGGCCACUUGGGAGAGAAGUACGAUGAGUGGGUCCACCAGCCGGUGACCAGGCCCAUCCGCCUCUUCCACUCAGAUCUCAUCGAGGCCCUCAGCAAGACUGUCUGGUACAGCGUCCCCAUCAUCUGGGUUCCCCUGAUGCUGUAUCUCAGUUGGUCCUACUACCGAACCCUCGCCCAGGGCAACGUCCGACUCUUCAUGUCCUUCACCACAGAGUACUCAGUAGCCAUGCCUGAGUCCAUGUUCCCGGGCCUCUUCAUGCUGGGGCUGCUCCUCUGGAGCCUAGUAGAGUACCUCAUCCACCGCUUCCUGUUCCACAUGAAGCCCCCCAAUGACAGCUAUUACCUCAUCAUGCUGCACUUCGUCAUGCACGGCCAGCACCACAAGGCACCCUUCGACGAGUCCCGCCUGGUCUUCCCCCCGGUGCCAGCCUCUCUGGUGAUAGCUUUCUUCUACGUGUUCUUACGGCUCAUCCUGCCUGAGGCGGUGGGGGGCACCGUGUUUGCAGGGGGCCUCCUGGGCUACGUCAUCUAUGACAUGAUCCACUACUAUCUGCACUUCGGCUCCCCGCACAAGGGCUCCUAUCUGUACCACCUGAAGGCCCACCACGUCAAGCACCACUUUGCACAUCAGCAGUCAGGAUUUGGCAUCAGCACUAAAUUUUGGGAUCACUUUUUCCACACCCUUAUUCCGGAAGAACCCCACCCGAAGAUACAGUGACAACUCCCAGCCCUGUUGUCCUGCCCUCAGCCCCGCCGUGGCCCCGCCCCCAGUCCACCCCCAUCCAGACCCUGCAAAGAAGGUUUGCUUGACCAGGCGGUACGGGCUUGGUGGAGGGUGCUGGGGAAACCCUGAAGCCCGAGGCUAACCCUGAGACUGCCCUCCUGACCCAGCACAGGAGGGUCACGUCCACUUGGUGGCCCAGUGGCCCUCAGGGACUAGCUCUUCCCUGGAGCAUCCCAGCCUCUUCACUCACACCCCCGCCCAGUGCCUUAGCCCACAGGACUGCUUCAGGACCCGGCCAGUGGGGACUUUCCUAAGGGGAGUGAAGGCAACUGACCCCUGGGACCAGCUGGUGUCCCACCUGUAUCUUAGCACCCUGGGCUCCCUAGGAGCUGCCCCCCCCCCGAAACCCUGGAACUGCCAGUGUUAACAGUGAAGAACGGGGUCUGCAGGGCCAUGGCCCUCGUCUUCCCCACCUUCUCCUCCUGGGGAGGGUGUGGUGGCUCUGGCUGUUGUCCUGAGGACUGGAGAGCACAGAGGUGGAUGAAGCACUCUCAGAAGAGGAGAAAGCAUGAAGCCUCCUCCAGGCCACCCCCAAUCCUGGGGCGGCACCUUUGUCCCCUGCCAAUGACAAAUGCCAGCUGCAUCACCACAUGCCUCGGGCUGUGACACAUCCAGCACCCACACGCCUGGCCCUCACCUGUCUGUGCAGGUGGGCCGACAGUAGCUGUUGCGGGUCUCAAGGCUGGAGGGAGCCCACGCCCCUUUCUUUAGGAAGCACCAGCUGCUCUAGCCAUCUCUUCGCCUCCAGAAUCACAAAGCUUUUCCCCAAGGGAGGCUAAAGAGACCUCUCCGUGGGUGGGAGCCCCAUCCUGUCCCCAGCCAUUCUCGACCUCCACCUGGCAUAAGUGGGCCCCUGCCCGCCUCACUCAGGACCCUUCCAGCCAGUGCCUCCUUAAGCCGACAAGAAGCCUUGAUGCGGUGCCUUAUCUCCCAGCCCCUCCCACCCCAGCAGACGAGGUUCCCACCCUUUCUUCCUCAUAACCAAAACCCUCACUGCUCACAAGAGGGUCUUAUUUAUAAACUAUAUAAAUACCCUUAGUCGGGCCCCAGACCAAGUAGCUGCUCAGAUUGCCCUUUCUAAUCCUACAUGUCGAGCUUAUGUAAAAACGUUUUUGUCUUAUUUUUGUUCCCUUCUUACCCACAAACCGUUACUACUUGAAACUUUUUAAAAACUCGAUGUGUGUAAAGGCUAAAGGGAAGCAGUUUGACCGAUCCUGUGAUUUGUACUGUUUACUGCGGGGUUAUUUAAAGAUUUGGGAAUAAAUAUACAAACUACCGUUGUGAAAUAAAGGUGUAAAUAAAUUGUAUAUUUUGAAAAAUGAAAACAUUG